CUCUCGACACCGCCAUUGCAUUGUUUCAUUUCCUCUCGUCACGUUCUCCAUUUUUGGGAUUCAUUUCUUCUACGCUCACAAAAGAUCUUCAAUUGCCUACCUCUCUAUAUCUUUAGGUAUAUUCUUCUCUUCCCAGUUCUACAAUCGAUUAGCAUCGAGAGUCAAAACUAUUCUGUGAUUCGAUCCUUGCAUCUGCGAAAUCAACGUUUUAAUUCUCCAGUUCCUUCAUCGUUGCUCUCGUUGAAAGCUUAUCUAAGCUAUAAAAAAUCAAAUAUUUCAACCUAAUUGUUUCGGUUGGAUCUAGGUAUUCCUCUGAUGGUAAAAGCAUAUAGACAAGAGCAUGUGUACAAGCACCCGUGGGAGCGGGUCAGUGCUGCCUCGUGGAGGAAAUUCGCAGACCCUGAAAACAAACGCAUCCUUUCUCACAUCCUCGAAGUCGACACCUUGAACCGCAAGCUUGACUCUGAGACCGGUAAACUCCACACCACGCGCGCCCUCACCAUCCACGCUCCUGGUCCUUGGUUCCUUCACCGGAUCGUGGGCCAGGACAUCUGUCACUGUGUUGAGUCAACUGUUGUGGAUGGCAAAUCACGUUCCAUGCAGCUCAUAACAAAGAACAUUAGUCUCCAGAAGUUCAUUGAAGUGGAGGAGAGAAUAAGGUAUGAUCCUCAUCCAGAGAAUCCAUCGGCAUGGACGGUUUGUAGCCAGGAGACGAGCAUUCGCAUCAAACCCUUGUCGGCUCUGGCCUCAAUGGCUGAGAAAGUUGAGCAGAAGUGCGCCGAGAAAUUCAUGCAGAAUAGCGCCAAAGGGCGAGAGGUUAUGGAGAGGAUUUGUAGGUAUAUGGAAGCAGAAUCAGCUCCAGUUUAAAGAUCCAUACAAGAAGGCACACUCGACAGAUUCCAGUAUCUUGUUUUUUUGAGUGUUUUGUAGUAAUUCAAGACUGCGUGUUGGUGUCAUGGUAAUAAAAAAAAUCCAUGAGACAGUUAAGAUCAAGCUUCUGUUUUUUUCUUUCUCCAGCUACUCUCUUGUUUGUGUUAGCAAAUCGAUGUUUAGCUGAGAAGCUUUCUGUCCAA